UCUUUGCAGUAUCGUUGUCUUUGGUACGGUCACUAAUAUCGUAGAAACUUAUCCAAGUUAUUAUACAACAACUCCAUACAUAACUCAGGUUACUGUUGAUUUGUUAAGAACCUGCCGACCAAUUCUCGUUUACAGUAUUUAAAUUCAUAGCGUGUGGAAACUAGAAAUAAGCUGUACGAAAUGUGCAAUUAGUUGAUCGUGCUUCCGAGGCCUCUACAAUUUAGAUGUUAAUCCAAAAUGUUAGGCUGUUUAUUUUCUGAAACACAGUCUCUGGUUUGCACAAUAAAGAUAAAUACAAACCGUUAAACAUUUUCUUACUACAAUUUUCUUACUGGACCACCAAGGGUUAAAUGUAUGUAUGCCCUUUUACCUCUUACCCUUGGCAUAGCACGUGGUCUGCAAAACACGGAAUGAUCUGAACGGGAUCGUUAGUGUACAGAACGGAAAGGUUGCAAGGUGUAGAAGUAGGGUUCACAAGCCGUGCAUAUGCAAUGGACCAAAAUAAACAAAACGAAGAAGAUUAUGGUUAUCAGUUAUUUCCGGAGAGAAAUUCAGGGAGAUUUAAAAAAGGAUCUGUAGCAGAAAGCCUGUUCACUUUCAAUCACAAAUGUCAGGUCAUGCUGAAAGUUGCACUGGAUACAAGUCCGUAUGCAAAAUUGCUACUUGGUGCAAUGAAGCAAUCAGGAUGUACUGUUUAUAAAGAGAGGCAUUUCUCCUGUGAAGAUUGUGACGGGAUUGUCAGUGGUGGAUUUGAUGCUACAACCUCCCAGAUAGUGUUGUGCCAAAAUAACAUUCACCAGCAGGCCCACAUGAACAGGGUAGUAACCCAUGAACUGAUUCACUCAUUUGAUCACUGCCGUGCUCAUGUUGAUUGGUUUGAUAAUUUCAAACACUUGGCCUGUUCAGAGAUCCGGGCUGCCAAUCUUAGUGGUGACUGUUCUUUCAGUAAUGAGCUGAGUAGGUUUAAAUUUGGACUAAAACAACAUCACCAGGAAUGUGUACGAGACCGAGCCCUCCGUUCAGUCCUAGCUGUUCGAAAAGUGAGUCGAGAAGAAGCGGAGAAAGCCGUGGAUGAAGUUUUUGAAAGUUGUUUUAAUGACCAUGAACCAUUUGGAAGGAUCCCACACAGCAAAAAUGAUGCAAAAUAUGCUUACAGAGAUUUUCAAAAUCGAGAUCGAUACUAUGCCAAUCUUUGAAAAAUGAUAGUUUAAAGGAAAAAGAUGCUACAAGUUCCUGUAAAAGUCGCUGUAUUUGAGCUGCGUUUUACACGCAACAUAGGUUUUUUGCUACUUUUUGCAACUGGUAUAAAAAAUGUAAAAUAUAUAUCAGUGAUUAGUAAUAUUAAAUUGUGUUAAAGAGAAGUUAAAAUACUGAAAAAAAUGUAUGUGUCUGAUUGCCUUCUUGAAUUAGUUGGAUACACAUUUCAGCAGUUUUUAUAUUAACAGUCGCAAACACACUAGUUAUAAUAACAUACCAGUAGUUGUUAUUCACUUUAGUUUUGGUUUAAUCAGAUAUAAUCAUAGCUAUGGAUGCAUGUAAUGCAUUAUAUUUGCGCUGCAACCUGCAUGUGUGAGUUGGGCAUGUUGGCAAAAUUGAACUUUUCCACAUAUUCAUGCAGUUUUCCUGACAGAAAUUCAUAUCGCUUUAAAAGUUAAACUUAAAAAUCUUUAACCUCGUAAAGUACAAUGUACCUCAGAAAUUAUUUGACAACACAUUUUAAUGAUUCAUGGAAAACCUGACUGCUUUUCAGGUUUUUAAAAUAGCGUUUUUAUUUUAAUAUGUUUUUUUUAUUCAGACAGUUAAUGUAACUGCUUUCUUAAAAUGUUAAGCUUUUUAAUAGCCUACAGCACCAGCACUAGUGGAAAAAUUCGUCUUUUGGGAUAAAAUGAAGAACACACUUCCUAUCCAGUCAUUCUUCAUUGGCAGUAAAUUGUAGGUGCAAUUUGGUGAAGUGUACUGAAACCGACUGCCAUUUUUGCUGGUUGUAAAAAUAAUUCUAAAAGUAUACUGUAGAAUUAUUUUGGUAAUUGAGAUUUUAACCCCUUAGGGUACACAAGGAAUUGAGCAUUUAUUCAAAUGGUUUCUUUUUUAAAUACAUCUGAGAGUGACUCAAGUAUCACAGUGUAACUGGCAAUUUGGAUGCCCAGAUCCAACCUGUCAGUACAUUUUAAACCCUGUUUUGUGCACCUCAUCUCAAAAUUAAGAAAGUUAGGAUCAUUGUAUUUGUGGGACAGAUGUCUACCUUAAAGGGUUAAUUAUUAUUAUUUUUUUUUUAAAGAUAAUUGACAACUAGUGUCACCCAGUGGACAGUCACCACAGCCAUUAUAAGAAUCCCAACACACAUGAAAACAGAGCAUAGCAAACGAACUAGCGGUGUGCAAAGACAUUAAAAGUUGAAUUCAAUAUUACUAUCACAUGUUAAAACCAAACCAAAUAUAGAAAGAAUGCAAAUGUAUAAAACUCAAAGGACAUCAGUUACUUUAAGGUUUCCUCUCGCCCACCUUGAGGGAUCAGUAACAUUUCUGCUGUUUUUAAAUUGUAUGCAAUGUCCAAUCGUGUGUUAGUUUUGUGACGGUUGGGACUACUGUCCACUGAGCUAUUGAGAGCAUUACCAACAAUCCACUGUGAUCUAAGCAGGUCACUGGUUGUUAAAAAAAACAAAAAACAUUUCUUUAGCCCACUGAGUACUAAAAUAACAAAAUUAUAAUCAUGUUGCAUUUUAACAGCAUUCAGUGCGAGACCACCUACAGCAGGUUGGUACAAUAUGGAACAACUGGGUCAUUAUUUAUAUAAAUUCUUUUAAAAUCUCCUUUGCAAAUUCUAAUUGAAUCCCAACCAUGCAGUAGUGAAUUUAAUUAGACAAGAUGUUGUUAAAAAGUACAAUCUUACAGGCAUUUAACAAAAACAACCCUUGUGCGCCACCAACCAUAGACUCUGAAAGUGGUAACUUUAAAGAAGACACAUACAUUUUUGUCCUUAGCAUUGAAUUUUAAUUAUAUAAAGAGACAGUAGUUGAAAACUUUAUUGGUUGCUAUAAAUUCUCUAAUAAAAGUUUUGCAUUUUGUAGGCUUCUUACGGAAAAUAUUUAAUCUAAACAUGUUUGGCUGACAAAUUACCAGUAUUACAUAUUUUUAUUUUAUUUAUUUUAUUCAGUAUUGGAACAGUGUGUUUGCUGUGGGCCAUAUUUCAUAUUCAGAUAUUGUUUGAGUGAAUAUAAGUGUAAGCAUGCUUAUAAAGGCUGUCUUCAAAUGAAUUGUGGUGCUUUCGUGACCGCCUAAAAUGCAUUUUAUCCUGAGAGCGGGGAUAGCACAAUGCCAGUAUGUCAGUAAGAAUUGUAUUCUGCCCUGGUACAGCGUGCUAGUGACACGCCUCAACAGGCCUCUUAUUUACAGGUGAAUGUUGUCAAAGAAAAAAAAAAAAACAUUUUAAAGAGUAAGAAGCUGUAAUUUUGUAUGAUGUUUGUAAUUUAUAACUUAAAUACUGCUUUUUUUGUUUUUGUUUUGCUUAAUAACUUUGUGACAGCUGUCGAUUCUAGCUGCCUCCCAUAGAUGUAACCCUUGGCUAGAUCAAUGUCAUUUUUUAAAUGAGUGCCAGUACCUUCUAAUGAUCUGCCAAGUUUCCUUUAUUUUUUCUGUAAAUAUGAUUUUGCACUA